AGGGACCGAGCCGGGGCUGGGCCAGCCAGACGGGACCGCGGCGCCACACGGUGCCCGCCGGGCGCGGGAGGCGGGGCUGGGGCAGGUCGGAGGGCGGCGGGACGAGACUUGGGACCAUGGCUAUUGACUGGAUUGGUUUUGCAUAUGCUUCGUUGCUUGCUUUUGGAGGUGUUGUAGGAUACACUCGUAAAGGUAGCAAAAUCUCUUUAGCUGCUGGCCUCACCUUUGGUUCUGUGGCUGGUUAUGGAGCUUACUGCAUAACAUGUGAUCCAAGAAAUGUGAAGAUAUCAUUGUUUUCAUCUUUUCUUUUGACCCUUAUAAUGGGAAUGAGGUUCAAGAGGUCCAAGAAAUUAAUGCCAGCCGGACUAGUAGCAGGCCUGAGUCUUUUGAUGAUUUUGAGGCUUGUUUUUAUGCUGCUGUAGCAGAAUUUAGCAACUCAAGACAUGAGUAUGACUGCUGUGCCCACCGAACAAACAGACAUGCUCUCCAUAUUUUAAACCAAGUCUGAACACAAAUCUUACAUUGCAUUUAUAUUUUCUGUGAAAGAUCUGUACCUGUUAUUUGAUUGACACGGGAUGAUAUUUUGCAAGCUUUUUUUAAAAACUAAAACAAAUGUUUCGUUGAUAUAUUUUGAUCUACUUCCAUUUAAGCAGUCUGUUAACUCAAGGAAUCUUUCUCUGUACGUUUGAUCUCUUUUCAGGGUGCUGAGCACCCCAGGAAAUUGAAUUAGUCUUGCACUGUAUCUCUGAGAGAAGAAUAUAUAUAAAUACAUCUUUAUGCUAAAAAGGUAUCUUGUAUUGAAGCAUAAUUUUGUAGUUUGUCUAUUAAAUAAUCAGUUCUAAAUCAAUAAAGUCUCAGGCCUGUACUGUGUUGCACUAAAAAACCCUAACCCUUCCUUUCAAACACAUGUUCUUAUUCCACUGAGUCCAAAUCUAAAACCUAUUAUCAGUGUUCAAAUAAAAUGUAAAAUGUU